AUGGAGAGAGCCUUUAACUUCAAGCUGUUAGUACCUCCAAGAACCAACUUAGCUCAGGUGUCAGCCAUGAAGCCUCAAGAUUCUGGCCUGUUUGAGGAGAGCGACAGCUUUAUGACACCAGUACAGGGUUAUCAUAAGUGUUUUGAUAAAGAGACAAGUUUGCCAUUUUCCAACACCAACAUGGUGUUGCCCACAAAGUCCCCAAGAGUAGAGGUUGCUAAGAAGAUUGCCGUGUUGCCAAUGGAAAAAGAGGAGACAUCAUUGAGAUGCAGCCAACUGUAUUCCAAACUGUUUGAAGAGGCAGAGAAAAUUAAAUCCUGGAAACUGAAAAUGGACUGUGAAUUUUUACAAAAAGAUAGGACGCUUAAGGAGAAUAGAAGAACAAUCGAGACUCAGCGUAAAGCCAUACAGGAACUUCAGUUUGGAAAUGAAAACCUUAGCAUGAAGUUAGAGGAACAACUCAGAGAAAAUGAAGAUCUGAGGAACAAGAAUAAUGCAACAAGGAAUUUGUGCAAUAUUCUGAAGGACACGUUUGAAAGGUCUACCGAGAAAAUGAGUCUGUUUGAGGCUGAAAGAGAAGAAACACAUGGUCUCUUCAUGCAAAAUCAUGAAAAUAUUCAGAGGAUGGUUGCUGCAUUUGAAAAUCUUCGCAUGCAAGCUGAGGCUGACCAGUUAGAAAUGCUGAAGGUUAGAGAAGGCCUUAAACAGUUUGAGGACCUUAAGUUAAGGUUUGAGAAUGAGUAUCACAUGAAGGAAGAGGAGGUUUCCAUACUACAAGGAAAGCUAACAGAAAAAGAAAGUGACCUUAAAGAAAUGUUACUUAGUCUCCAAGAGACCCAGCAGAGCUACAGUGAACUUCAAGAAUCUGCAAAACGGCACCAGGAAUUACUUCACAUCUCUAAACAAGAACAGGAUAAACUUGAGGAAAAAUUGAAAAGGACAGAACAACUCAGACAGGAGACUGAGGAACACCAGAAUGUUUUAGCAGUCAUAGUUGAGCAAACCAAAGAAAAUUAUGCAAAGAGCCUUCAAGAGAGUGAUGCCAAACUUGAGGAAGUGAAUAAUAUCAAAGAACAACUGGCACACAAACUGAAAGAGACAAGGAUUACUGUAGAGUCUUUGCAAUGUUCACUAACAUCCGAGAAACAGAGGGCCCAAGAACUGGAAUUGAAGCUUAGCUCAAUAUCUGAGGAGCUCAACGAGAGGAAUGCAGAACUCGUAAAGGAAGAAGAAGAGGAACGUAACAAUGAAAUACAACUGCUAAAAAAUGAACUGGACAUGAUGUCAGAUGUGCUUAAGUGUUCAGAGGAAAAGUUAAAGGUGGAUGGGGGAAAGAUUCUUCAGCUCACCGUAGAACUUGAGGAUAAACAAAUGGAAAUAAAUGAAUUGAAGGAAAAACUGAAGAUUGCUUCUACUGAAAAUAAAAAUGUAGUGGAGACCCUGGAACAGGCUGUAAAUGAGCAAAAACAGAUAAAAGAACAUCUUCUUUCGAAAGAGAUGAAACUGAAAGAUACUGAAGAGAAAUUAUCUGAAGCACUGAAGAAUGAAACAGAAGCAUCCACUCAUAUUAAAAGAUUGAAAAAGGAUCUGGAUCAACACAAAGAGAAAUAUGAAGAUUUGCUGGAGAGGUUUCAUCAGCUUCAGCUUAAGAAAAACACAAUGCAACAGCAAGCUGAAGGAGGUGCUUCCGAGACCAAGAUUCUUGAGUCCUGUCUCAAGGAAACCAAAGAAAAUGAGGAAAAGAUGAAGAUGAAAGUAGAGAGACUACAAGUGGAAAAACAACAACUACAAAUGCAGUUAGAGAUGCUAAGUGCAAAAAUUGAGGAGCAACGUCAAGACUGUGAGAAUAUUGAAGAACAUUUAAAAGAUUCUAACAAAAGCUCCCAGAGUGAACUGAUGAAAAAGGAAAGACAUAUCAAAGCACAGGAACUAAAGCUGGCAAACCUAAAAACUAAACUGGAAGCCAAAACCAAGGCACUGGAUGAACACCUAAAAGAAAUAACUAAAUUGAAAGAAGAGUCACAGAACUUGAAAGAGCACCAUGAAGAAGAGCUUAAGGCAGUGUGUUCUGAGCUCAAAAACAAAACAACAUCAGAGGCUCAACUUACACUGGAGGUGCAGAAACUUAAACGAACAGCAGUGGAAGCUGUUAAGAGCAAAGAGGACACAGAAAUCAUAUGCCAACAGAAAAUAUCUGAUAUGGUUGUCUUAAUGGAGAGACAUAAACAUGAGUAUGACAAGAUGGUGGAAGAGAAGGAUGCAGAACUGAAUGAGAAAAGAAUGCGAGAAGCUGAAGUUAAUGCCAAUAAAACAUCACUGGAGCUGGAGCUUUCUCACCUCCAAGUUGAAAAUGGACAAUUGAAACAACAACUUGAAAAGGUCACAAGGGAAAAGGGGCAUCUGGAACAAGAAAUUCUGGCUUUGAAGAAGCAAAUUAAAUCCCUUGAAAAAGACAAGACUAAACAGAUUUCUGAAAGAACACCCCAAAAUGGCAAGUCCUCUGAAACUCCAGAAGUUGCCUCCACUGAGAUUUCAGCACAUGCUCUUCCAAAGGACGCAGAAACAUCCUCAAAAAAUGCCUCGGCAACACCUCUUAAAUUGGGUGACAACCUCCUUAAAACUCCAACCUGGACCUUGGAAACAAAUAUAGGAACAACACCUCGAAUAAGGUCUUUCAGAAUACGUACACCACCCUCAACAGAGAAAUCAGCCCCAUGGAGGAAAAACACUCUGGAGCUAGACUCAAAAUCUGACAGUUCAGAGCAAAAUGAUACACUGAGUUUCUCUUCAGCACCUUUGAAAUCAAGAAAGCAAGCAAAAGAGUGUGGAACAGAGUGUCUGAACCUACUGAAGAAGGUACAGGUGCAGAGUUCUAGUGUGUAUAAGUCUCCAGGAGCAGCUCUAAAACUGGCAGCAAUGAAGAGGAUGCGGGAUGCCGGAUGGACUACCAUUACCAGUUCAGACAAGAAGAAGAAAAAAGUAACUGAUAAGAUCUUUGCUUGACAACCUUUGUACAGUCUAACUGUUCUACCUUAAUCAGUUAGAUACCAAGGUCAUUGUUGAUUCCACAGUUUAUUUCAGUUUUGAGGAUAAAUUACAUAAUACAUGUAUAGAGAUUAGAUAACAUAAUAUUCUAAGAUACAUUUUGCUUGAGCAACAGUUAUUUAUUGCGUUAAAAUUUUAAGUAACAUUUGCUGUUACUGUUCAGUGUUAACUGUUUCAUGUCUUGCUCUUUCAAUGAAAUAAAAAUGCUUAAAUCAUUUGAAAUCAGUAUAAAAGUCCAGAUUCUAUGGUCUCCA